AUGCAAUACAGCGUGCCGUCCCCCGGUGUUGCUGUGGCGGUAGUGACGUUGUGCCGAGUGCAGAACUCCACAAGUGCCGCCUGCCGCUCGAAGUCACCGCACCACGUUACAGCGGCAGCAACACCGCUCUCCUGGGCCGCUCGCCGCAUCAGUACGUCGCGGUCCGCGUCCAACUUGCGCGCGAGAAUAGCAACGGCCGCAUCAACGUGCAGCAGAUCGUCCGUGAAGCGUGGGAACGUCGGCGCGACGCGGGCGGUGGACUGCUGUUGCUUCGGAGCUGACGCUUUCUUCGCAGCAGGAGCGCCGGGAUUCUUCUUGGAGCGGCGAAGACUCGCACCCUUCGCCUCACGACCGCCGCCACGGUCAACAAAGCCCAUAUCUACACUCUGA